AUGCUCAAACAACUCUUGCUUCUACUCUUCGUGGGGAGGUCUUUAACCUACAAUUUCUAUUGGUAUGACAAGACACAAACUCUUCAAAACCGUCAAACGAUGGUCCAUUUAUUCGAAUGGAAAUGGACGGAUGUUGCGAAGGAAUGUGAGAAUUUCCUUCAGUAUUAUGGAUACGGCGCAGUACAAGUUUCCCCACCAAUGGAACACAUCAAGGCAUUCCCAAAUAACAACUAUCCGUGGUGGGUCAGAUAUCAGCCUGUGAGUUACAAAUUGGACUCAAGAUCUGGAAAUGAGCAAGAGUUUCAAGACAUGGUGAAUAGAUGUAACAAGGUUGGAGUGAGAAUCAUCGUGGAUAUUGUCAUGAAUCACAUGGUUGGAAUUGGACAAAAAAGUGGUUCUGGAGUGAGUUCCAGCGGAAGUUCGAGUUUCGAUGGAACUCAUGGAAUUCAAUCAUUCCCAGGUGUCCCAUACUCUUUGGGAGAUUUUAAUAACCCUAAAUGUGAUGGAGACAUUCAAGGCUCCGAUUACCAAAAUAGUGCGGAGCAUGUGAAAAACUGUCGGCUAGUAGGGCUCCUUGAUUUGAACCAAGCGUCCCCAACUGUCAGAGCAAAGAUUGUUGCUUACUUGAACAAACUCAUCGAUAUGGGAGUUGCUGGCUUCCGUCAUGACGCAUCGAAACAUAUGUGGCCUCAAGACAUUUUGAAUAUUUUGAAUGAUGUUAAAGAUUUGAGAAGUGAUCUUUUCGGAUCAAAUCAACGUCCAUUCGCAGUUCACGAGGUCAUUGAUCGAGGAGGUGAAGCUGUCAAAUGUGGCGAUUAUCUUGGGAAUGGAAGAUACACAAACUUCAAUUUUGGAGCAGCUGUAUCUGCAGCAGCCAAACAACAAUCUGAUUGGAAAUACUUGGGUAACUUGGGACCUGGAUAUGGAUACGGUAACAAUGAGGAUCAUGAUGUUCUUAACUUUAUCGAUAAUCAUGAUAACCAAAGAGAUUCGAGUCCAUAUGUGGUCACUUACAAAGACGGUCAAAAAUACAACCUCGCUGUCAGUUUCAUGCUUGCCUGGCCAUACGGAUAUCCAAGAGUUAUGAGUAGUUUCGCAUUCAGCUAUUCGGAUCAGAGUCCUCCAAAUUCUGGAGCCUCUAAUGACUAUGCGACAACAAGUCCUAAAUUCAAUGCUGACAGUACAUGCGACACAAGUUCCGGAUGGGUCUGUGAGCAUCGUUGGCCCGCCAUCAGACAGAUGGCAAAGUUCAGAAGCUCAGUUCAAGGAACAGCAGCUGCUGAAAUUGUGACAGAUAACCAGAGAAUUGCUUUUGCGAGAGACGGAGCUGGUUUCUUCGCGUUGAAUCAACAAGGAGGAACAUGGAAUAAAAUUUUCGUCACAACGCUUCCUGCAGGAGAUUACUGUGAUCACUUCUCUGGAGGUAUUGACAAUGGAAAGUGUGCUGGAACUAAAGUGACAGUUAGAGAUGAUCAAACUGCCUACUUGAAUGUUCCAUCGAACUCAGUGAUUGCCAUUUCUCUGGGAUCAAAACUGGUUCCAUACACCCCACCAUCUGCUCCAUCUGGCUACAGUACCACAGUUAUCCUCUUGAAAAAAGAUACCAACCCAGGACAGAAUUUGUUCAUCAGAGGAGGAACUAGCAGCUCUCACAAUGGAAAAUGUUCAACUGGGCCAUUCCAACAAUCAAGUGAUCCAUGUGCUAUUCCGAUCUACCACAAUACUGAUGUUCCAUUUGUGUAUGCUGAAUACUUGUCUUGGAAACAACAAGAUAAUUAUCUAGAUUUCGAAGGAGCUGAGGAGAAACAAGGAACACACGACGGAGCAGUUGCUUUUGGAACUCCAUUGGCCUACUCUACUAACGAUAAUACUGCAGUGGAAUAUCAGCCAUACAACAAAUACGGACCUGGAUAUUGGAUGGCUGUACUGAAAAUGGAUUGCUCUAAAGCUGAACAAGGAUGGUUUGAAGUGAAAGGAUACGAAUCUCCAGAUAUUGGAUGGGAAGGAGAUGUCAAACAAGGAUCUUGCAGUGGAGCUAUCGGAGGAACAGCUCCAUUCUCUUCAAUCAAUCACAUUGCCAAAUGUGGAGCUGUUAAUGUUUUCACGUGGGGUUCAGGAAGUUGUAUUGUUGAUUCUGCGUAA